CUACAUUGGUUACACUCUGCAAAUUAGGGUUUCCAAUUUGUUCAUUCUUGUUCCCUUAAUUGCUCCCUGAAUCACCCUUCCAUCUUCCGACAAUGACGAAAAACACCGAUGAACGAAGCAGCGGCGGCGAUCACCACAAAAAUCAGUUGAAGAAGAAGAAGAACGUUUCAAGGUUAGGCGGAAGUGGGCUUUCGCUAGCCGCUUUUGCCAAAGCCAAAUCCAGAAACAAUAACUAUAACCCAGCUAUCAUAAAGAGGCAAAAGGAGUUCCAUAAGAAUGCUAAGAAUGUGAACAAGUUUAAGAAGAUGAUGAAGCGGGAAAACCAGCCGAAUGAUCCCGCCUUGGCCCAGAGACUGAUUGAGAAUUUAAAUGAAACUGAAGGGGACAAGGAGAAGGACAAGGGUGAGAGGAGAAGGAAGAAAGAUAGUGCCUUUAGUUUGGAAGAAUUGUAUAAGAAGACGAAUGAAGAGAAAGAGAAGGAAAGAAGGGAGAGGGAGGCAGCUCUUAGGAUAAAGAAGGAAGAGACAGAAAAAGCUGAAGCUCGGAGGAAGGCCAUGCGGGAAAAAAUGUUUAAGAAGACACGAAAAGGGCAGCCUGUUAUGAAAUACAGGAUUGAGCAUCUUUUGGAGACUAUAAAUGCAGCUGACAAAAAAUCCUGACUAGUGAGUUGAGAAGGGUCUGUGGCAGAUAAUAUCCCUAGUUCCGAGGUUAUAUGUUUCAACCUUGAACAUGACUGCCAUUAAUUUAAGUGCCGUUGCAUGAGAAGAGUAUUCGCAGAGGAACGGUGUGCUGCGUAAUGCACGGUAGGAUUAUACUGAUUAUAGCCUUUCUGAUGGUGCAGUGUCGGGGUGAAACUUACUCAUUGUAAUGUUUUGCAGACAAUAAAUUACCAGCUUUGUCAAUCUCAUAUGAUUGUAUCAAAUUUUGUAGUAAAAUUGAUACCAGUAAUUGUUAUGCAGCAUUCGUGAUAAUUGUUGUAAGCGCAUCUGCACAAAUAUUGCAACUGCAGUCUGCAAAUAUUUAAACGGAGAAUGUUAAUAGUGUUCGCCUCCA